AUGAAUGUCUCGGAGCAAUUCCGAGCGCAUCGAUCAGAAAGGACCACGGUCUAUGCCGUGGUGUGCUGGGCGGCGGUUUUCUGCGCGUACGCGCUGUGUGUGAAAGCAGCCAUUGCCAAGCUCUCUCCUCCCAUGAGCGAGGCAGCAAAAAGCAAAGGCACUUUGCGGGAUCAGCUCUCGAAGGACAUCGCUGCAUGCAUCGUUGCCAUCACGACGCACACUUUCCUCGGCCCGAUGGCUUUGUACCUUUCCAUCAGCUACAAUGCAGCAGGAUAUCCGGCCUCUCUCUCGCCCUUCUUGCUCGAGGAGCCGCGCAUGGCCGACGUGACGCGGGAGCUUUGGUGCUGCCGAGUUGGGGAGAUGUUCACUGGAAACAUUUUGUACCAGCUGAUUUUCUGGCUCCUGCGCUGGGAAACCGGUAUUGAGAUGCUGCUGCACCACAUAGGUUUCUUCGUGGCUGGGUAUUUGAUUCUGGACUUAACUUGCUUCGGCAAGCUGGCCAGUGGAGCAAUGUCGAUGGAAGUCUCGAGCGUUUUUCUCAGUGUGCACCUGAUGACGCGCCAGAUCGACGGGAAAAGAUGUGCCUUGGUCUCCGACUUGGCGGCCGCGGUUUUCGCGCUGACCUUUCUGGGGAUCCGCAUCUUCUGGUACGGCUACGUGGUGGCAGAGUUCAAUUACACCUGGUUCCUCGAGCCAGAGAAGUUUCCACCGAACAUUUCCAUGGUCAAGGCCUCCGCGGCCCACCUGAUAUUCACUUUGGGCUGGGUCCUGCAGCUCUAUUGGUCGAAGCUCGUUGUGAGCAAAGUGUGGCGCGCAGCUCGGGCCAUGAUGGGCAAAGACUCCGCGUAG